AUGGGGCCCCCGGGCAAUAGCGUCACAUGGGCUGCUCUUUACAUGCCAUCAUAAAUAAGAAUGUAAACAUAAAUGUAGACAUCAUUUGAGUGAUACCACAUAGGAUAAAAUAAUAUAAAUAAUUCUACACUGUGAGAUUACAAACUGUUCUAUGCAGGGGCGGACUGACAACUCAUGGGGCCCCCGGGCAAUAGGGGAUCAUGGGGCCCCUGUGUCCUUGCCCAAACUCAAAAAAGCCUAUGAAAAAGGUACCAGGGGCAUCUCAUGGGGCCCCCUACUGACCCCGGGCCCUCGGGCAGUGCCCGAGUUUCCAAAUGGUCAGUCCGCCCCU